AUGAACUUUUGUCAUGAUCGUCAUGUUAUCUCUUUUCCUCUAGAUGAGGAAUUGAUAGCGAAAUGGACCGCGAGCGGCACAUCUAUGCCACCAGCGCAUCCGCUUAAGGCAGCAUGGGCGCUGUUACUUUCCCGAAUCUCGGGCGUGCCAACAAGCAGAUUUGGUGUCGUUGAAACACCGAUGGCUUCGGUCGUUGAUCCAAAGGCCAUUUCCAGGAGCUCGGAGCUACCGCAUGUAGAGACCUGGGCGAUAUCAGAAAAUGCGGACAUUGCUCUGCGGGAUGCGGCCGAGGAGCACACAGAGUAUCCGGUGGAAACCGAGGCCACCACUGCUAUCAUCACCAGUUGGGACGGUGAUACAGCCCUUUUACCGUCCACCUUCGAUACAAUUUUGCUGUUGAAAUGCGGCCUGUCACCGGCUCAAAUGUACAUGAGUUUCUCGAUAGAGUCUCUCACAAUAAGCCGAGCCUGGGCACAAUUGGCUUCUGUCGUUCGGGUCCUGGAGCAGAUGAUCCUGACUCCCGAUUUACCGCUUUCCAAGGUAGACUUUCUCGGGUCCCAUGGUGAGAAGACGAUUCGGCAAUGGAGCAAUCCUUAUUCCCUGUCCAGACCGAAUGCAUGUAUCCACACGUUGAUCCAGGAGCAUUUCCAGAGUCAGCCGGAUGCUGAGGCUCUGUGUGCCUGGGAUGGCUCCCUCACAUACGCCGAGUUGGAUCAGCUAUCGCUAGCAAUCAGCAUUCUGCUGCAGGCCCAUGAAGUCGGCCCUGAGACGAUUGUGCCGCUUCUGUUUGAAAAGUCCCGAUGCACCGCCAUCGCCAUCUUGGGCGUGUUGCGGGCAGGUGGCGCUUUUGUUCUGUUAGAUCCUUCCCAUCCUGUUCAUCGUCUGGAUGAAAUCUGCGUCGAGGUGGAGGCAGCAUUUAUCCUCACCUCUCGUUCGCUGCACGACCUGGGCGGCCAAGUACAUCGGCAAGCAAUCGCAGUGCCGGGAGCCGAUAUGGAGGUGGAUGAAGCCCACUUCAAUUCGACCCCAGUCGUCAAUUCAGCCAAUGCUGCUUAUGUGGCCUUCACAUCUGGAUCGACGGGGAAGCCCAAAGGCAUCGUGAUUGAACACCGGUCUUUCUGCGCAAAUGCCCUCGCGCAGAAUGCGGUUCAGAAUCUGAGUUCCCGCACUCGUGCCUUCCAAUUUGCCGCCCACUCCUUUGAUAGCAGUAUUCUCGAGAUGCUCAUGACGCUCAUAGCGGGGGGGUGUGUCUGUAUACCUUCGGAUGAGCAGCGUCUAAACGGGCUAUCCAGCGCGAUUAACGACCUCCAGGCCAACUGGCUGGAACUGACGCCGUCUGUUGCACGUUUCCUCCAACCUGAUCAGAUACCGGGAGUCAAGUCAGUGCUACUCGUCGGUGAGCCAAUGUCACAUAAGGAUGUGAGCCAAUGGGCUGAUAGCGUCCAACUCUUGAAUGCAUACGGCCCUGCUGAGUGCAGCGUGGUAACCACCAUCCAGCCCCGCGUGAAGGCAAACGACCCCCAGAAUAUCGGGCGCUCCUACAGCGGUCACUGCUGGAUUGUCAAUCCUCAAGAUCAUGAUCAACUGGAGCCUCUGGGUGCCGUUGGGGAGCUGAUUGUCAGUGGGCCGAUCGUGGCCCGAGGAUAUCUCAAUUACCCAGGCCAGACCUCGUUCAUCAGCAAGCCCCUCUGGGCGACCCGGUUCGGUAUCCCCGAAGAUGAGCGGUUCUACCGGACUGGAGAUCUCGCUCGGUAUAACGUGAAUGAUGGGACCCUGCAAUACAUUGGACGGAAAGACCGGGAGGUCAAAAUCCAUGGUCAGCGCAUUGACCUGCAAGAAAUUGAAUGUCUUGCGUCUCAAUACCGGAAUAACGUAGCGGCAGUCGUUGAUAUCAUUCACGUUGGAGACAGCAGCGCAGGCAAGCUUGUGACAAUUUUUCUGGCAUUCGCAGAUAAACGCCUGUGUUCCGAUAGCUGCAAGGGUCAGGUUGUCUGUGCAGAUGCUUCCAUGCGUUCGGUGUCUGCGGGCAUGAAAGGCUGGCUCCAAGACCGGCUGCCGCCAUAUAUGAUUCCUACCAAAUACCUCUGGGUGAAUGGCUUCCCUUUGACGCGAACGGGAAAGCUCGAUCGACGGACAUUGGUGGAUUGGGGAACAGCAGCGACCCUUGCACGAACACACAAUUCACAACCAGAGUCCUCAACCACGAAUAGCCACGCUGAUGGUGCCUUCGAUCACAACUUGCUAUCAAAAGAGGACCUUAUCCGUUCAUUAUUUGCUGAGGUGUUAGAUUGUCUUGAGCAGACCAUCGGGAUACAUGAUGACUUUUACGAACUGGGGGGAAAUUCGCUGGCUGCAAUUGAACUUGUCGCUCGAGCACGCAGUCGAGGGCUAGAGGUGACAGUUGCAGAAGUCAUUAGUUCUCAAACUCCCUAUCAGAUUGCCAGGGCCUCUUUGGAGACUAGGGAAAGCCCUGAAAUUCCACCUUUCACUCUUCUGGGGAACCAUGAUGCAGAAGAGAUUCUAUCUACUGCCGCCGUCCAGUGCCAGGUCCUGCCAGGUCAGAUCGAGGACAUUUAUCCGUGCACCCCUCUGCAAGAAGGCCUCAUGUCACUGUCAACGAAGAAAAGGCCGGGAGCCUUCAUCGGGACGUACCGAUUCUCAAUACCUGCUUCAACGAGCGUGGCUCAGCUGCGUGCCGCAUGGGAACGGCUUUGGAUCGCACAUCCGAUACUACGGACUCGGAUCGUUUUGGGGAAGGAUGGAACCAUGAUGCAGGCCGUCAUAAAAGAAGAUUUACCUUGUAGGGAAGGAUCAUGCGCCGAAGAUGACCGACGAUCUAUGGGCAUCGGCAGCCCACUUGCACGACUGACAAUUCAGCAAUCCAAUGCCCCUGUCCUAUUUAUUCUCACGAUCCACCACGCAAUCUUUGAUGGAUGGUCGUAUGUACAGCUACUCGAGGACCUGCACAGCUUUUAUGAAGGCCAGUCACCACCAUCGCGACCCGCAUUCACCCAGUACAUUCGAUAUCUUGCGAAUUCAGAUUCGAACAUGAGUCAUUCUUUCUGGGAAAAGGAGCUCAAGGGUUACCAGUCUCCCGCAUUCCCAUCAUUCUCGGCCCAACGGCCAUCGACCUCACCUCGGUGGCUUGUAAGUAGCCAUCAGGUCUCCUUAGCCGACCUUGAGGUCAACUGGAAACUCGCAAACCAAAUCAAGCUGGCAUGGGCAUUGGUCGUAUCCUCCCAAGCAAACUCCGACGACGUCAUAUAUGGGCUGACAGUUACUGGCCGAAACGCUCCGGUUUCUGGGAUUGAUCGUAUCACUGGCCCGACAUUCACCACAUUCCCCUUCCGGACACAGUUGAAGUCUAAGCUAUCUGUCCAACGAAUGUUAGCUGAGAUCCAAGAACACGAUGUAUCUAUCAUGCCAUAUGAGCAUACGGGCCUCAAGACUAUCGCGGAGUCAAGCCCAGAGGCACCUUGGGCUUGCAGCUUUCAGAAUCUUUUGACCAUCCGACUCCGCUCAUCUAAGAGUCCAUCCUCAGCUUUCCUUGACUUACCUGAGAAUGAAGCUGAAGACCUGAACUUUGCAUCGUAUCCUCUUUCAAUUGUGGUCCAGCGGGAGGACAUCUUGCUGAAAAUCAAAGCAUUUUAUGACAGUGAGAUCUUGACUCCCAGCGUUGUCCAGGCCUUCCUCGAUGACUUUGAAACUUUCUUGCAGCACGUCAUCCAGCGGCCCGAAUCCAUGAUUGGGGAUCUGAAAAGUCUUGUCUCUCAGCGAUGGCAGCAGGUGGCAGAGAUCAAUACAGAAGCCCAUGGUCAGCCGUCCCCGCAGUGCAUUCACGACGUUAUCCAAGGACUCGGUGUCACACAGCCGGAAUGGGAAGCUGUGUGCGCAUGGGAUCGUUCCCUGACAUACGGGGAGCUAAUCACCAUGGGACGUAGUCUCGCAGGCCAUCUUCAAAUCAUGGGAUCCGGCCCUGGGACGAUUAUCGGAGUUUGUCUGGAGCGCUCGGGAUUAUUUCCCGUCGCGAUUCUAAGCGUGUUGAUGUCUGGGGCUGCUAUGGUGUUGUUGGAGCCGAAUUUCCCGCAAGCGCGUUUGCUGGGGAUUCUGCAUGAUGUGGAUGCGCAAUUCGUUAUCUGCUCUCCGGGGUUACAGGAGAAGUUCGAGGGCGAAACCAAAACAAGAAGGAAUAUCAUCCCCCUCGCGUGGGAUCUCAGAGAAUGGAAGAGUUGUAAUUCCUGGAUACCACCGCCGGUCAGCCCUAGCGAUCCGAUGUAUGUUGCAUUUACUUCCGGAUCGACCGGUACCCCCAAGGGGGUAGUGAUAGAACAUGGGAUGGUCUACUCGACGAUCCAUGCCCACAAAGAUGUUAUUGGCGCAGCACAGGCGUCUCGGUGCUUGCUUUUCGCCUCGCCGGCGUUCGAUAUUUUCCUGGCGGAAAUAUUCUUCAUGCUCGCCACUGGCGGCUGCGUCUGUAUUCCCUCGGAAAGCCAGCGCAUGAAUAGCUUGGCCGAGGCCAUGUCAGCCAUGCGGGUUAACAUGGCCAUGUUGACCCCUUCGGUGGCGCGGACUUUCUCCCCGGAGAAGGUGCCAUCCCUCCAGACACUGAUCCUCGGGGGUGAGUCCCCCUCGGCGUCUGACCUGGCAACAUGGGCCCCGCGAGUCCGCCUGCAUCAGUCAUACGGACCGGCGGAGUGCACCAUGUACGCGACGACAACGGCCCAGUUGGGUCCCGAAUCCGUUCUGAACAAUGUGGGAUCCUCUGUAAAUGCAACCUACUGGAUCGUCAACCCGGAAAAUCACGACGAGCUUAUGCCUGUCGGAUCAAUGGGAGAAUUGUUGAUAGGCGGUCCUCUUGUUGGUCGAGGCUACAUCAACCGACCCACAGAGUCGGCAGCUGCCUUCAUUCAGGAUCCGGCCUGGAGUCAACAGAUUCCUGCUCUGAGGGGCUCGCGACUAUACAAAACCGGAGACCUUGCCAUCCUGAAUCGGGACAAAUCCUUGCUCUUGAUCGGUAGAAAGGAUACCCAGGUGAAGCUCCACGGACAGCGCAUCGAGCUGCACGAGAUUGAGCGCUGUGCCGAGGGUUUCGGGCACGAUCUUGCAGUAAUCGUUGAGCUGGUUGAAAUUCAGAGCGUCAAGACAUCGAGUCUGGUCGCGUUCGUCUACAAUCCGAACACGGUUGAUAGAAUACUACCUAUCACACCGGCUCUCUCUGACAAUCAGGGGCUAUUCCUACCCCCGUCAGCAGGCAAUCGUCAACUCUUUGACGGCCUGCGGAAGCAUCUCCAGCAGCAACUGGCACCAUAUAUGGUACCGUCGCUAAUGCUAGAACUGUCGCGCCUACCCCUCGGUCCAACCGGAAAGACCGACCGCAAGACACUUAGGCACGCUGCGUCGAUGCUUGAAAAGGAGACCCUGAGAAUGUAUCGCGAAGGAGUCGCUGGGUCGAAGAUGGAACCGACGACGCGCCAGGAGCGGUUUGUGCGUGCAAGCUUUGCCACUGCGUUAUCACUGAAUAAAGAGUCCAUCGGGCUAUAUGAUAGCUUUUUCGCUCUGGGCGGUGAUUCCUUGAGUGCCAUGCGGGUGUUGACCCUGUGUCGGCGGGGAAACAUGAAUAUCUCCAUGCAAGAACUCCUCUCCCACAACACGGUAUAUUCGCUUUGCGCUUAUGCCAGUAGCUAUCACGAACAAUUUUCGGAUCCUGCUCUCAAGAAGAGUGUGUAUCCUAAAGAUCACUCGGAGGGCGAGGCUCUUUCUGUCCAUCCUGUUGAUGUCGCUCACGACCUCGAAAGGAUUCGAUCUCAAUUGACCUCGCUACAGUCGCAUAACAUCGAGGACAUAUAUCCAUGCUCGGACGCUCACAAUGGUAUUCUGGAGCGGUAUACUUCCAAGUACACGAGUACGGCGAUCUUCCGGGUCCUCCCCAGUGGCUCGGUGAGUGCAGCCCAGGUGAGUAAUGCCUGGGUUCAGCUUGUCAAGCGCCAUGCGGCAUUGCGCACAAUCCUUGUCGACGAUCCCAAGGCCCUUGUAAAGAAGCUUCAUGUCGUUCUGCACCCAGGCACCGUGCAGAGCCCGAUUUGUGUGUCCAGCGGCACGGCACUUGCUGAUUUGAGAACCCUUCGACCCGUUGAGUCGUGGGACCUUUCCCCUCUGUACCGGCUUUUCAUCGGGCAGGAUGGCAGCGGAGAGGUGUUCAUGCGGUUGGAGAUGGGUGGGGCGCUAAUUGAUGCCUUUUCCAUGUCUAUUCUCAUGAGGGAGCUUUGUUUCAUCCUCGAUGGGCAGCCGCUGCCAUCUAUCAGUGUCACGUAUCGCCAAUACUGGACUCAUCUACAGCAGCAGCAAUCAUCGGCCAAGGCCUUGCAAUAUUGGUCGCAUGUGCUGCAUGAUUCACAGCCAUCACACCUUUCACGACGUCCAGCGGACACGCCUAUGCCCUCUUCCCCCUCGCCGCGUGCGCAGAGCCGCCGUCUCUCGCUUACCCAGUUCCACGACCUCAACGCAUUCUGGAGGUUCCAUCACUUCACCAUUACCAACGUCUGUCAGCUGGCCUGGGCCUUGACUCUCAGCCGCUACACCAACGCUCGCGACGUCUGCUUCGGCACGGUCACGUCCGGUCGCGAGGAUCCGCAGCUCGAUGUCUGGGACUCGGUGGGCUCCUUCUUCAACAUCCUCCCCUGUCGACUGGCCCUGGCUGCCGACGGGACGGUGUUGGAGGCUUUGGCCCGGAACCAAGCGGAGAUUCAACGGCGAGCCAAGCACCAGCACUGUUCGAUGCCCGACAUAGUCCGCAAAUCCGGGGCACAGCUAGCCAAUGACCCUGACCAGCAGUUGUUCAAUACCGUGCUGACCGUACAAAGUACCGUCUCGACCAACUCGCACCCAGCACGUGUUCAGCGUAACGAGACUGCGGCUGCAACUAUGAGCACUCAAGUCGAGCUCCUUGAUCUAGAAGAUCCCACCGAAUACGACUUCUGUCUCGCAGUGCACACCUCGCCGUCCCAGAUCGAGAUCGAGAUCCGCUACUGGACGUCGACCGCCUCGGAGAAGUACGCCUCGGAGCUCCUGGCCCAGAUGCUCGAGUAUCUCGACUUGAUCGUGCGGCAUGCGAUGGCGCCACUGCAGCAGGUUCUAUGGAUCGAAUCAUAGUGUCGUUUCCUGGCCCACGCCUCCUUUCGACCGACAAAAAGAAAACUAGCAG